AAAAAAAAGAGACUUGGUAUCUUCUUCCUACCUGUAUCAUUGUUGAUCUUUUUUCUGGCUUUCACAGGUUUUGAUCUCAUCAAAAAGCUACUUGUUUUCAUCAAAACGUCAUGGCCGCUUUACCGAGUUCUGGAUUGAGUUCCAUCUCUUCAUCUACAACUUCAUCCAUAACUUCUUCUGCCCCUCCCUCGUCUACGUCAUCCUCGACUUCAAGUUUAUCAACCACUUCUUCAACUUCAUCGUCGACUACCUCCAGCUCGACGUCAAGUAGUACGAGUAGUAUCUCCAGUACAUCGAGUAGUACCAGCAGCAGCGUUUCCGCUAGUGACAGUUCGAGUGCUUCGACCACUUCGAGUGUUUCAGCCACUAGUUCCCCUAGUCAGACCAGCUCGUCAGGUACUACAAGUCCUAGUAGUACACUUCCCACUUCGUCAGCUCCUACUUCGACACAAGAUACAUCGACUCAUUUUGUAACGAAGACCGUGACGGAUGGUUCUGGUCGUACUCACACUGAAACUUCUGCCGUAGCUUCUGGAGGAGCCAAUGGGUCCGGUCAUUCCGGUGGUGGUACCAAUGUCGGCGCUAUCGUCGGUGGGGUAAUCGGAGGUCUGGCAGCUCUCGCCCUUCUCGCUUUACUUCUCUUCUUCUGCCUUCGUCGUAGAAGAAACCGUCAACCCGCAUUCGACGAAAAGACAUUCGACCCGACUCGUCAUUCCACUGCUGACCCACUGGACCUACUUGAUCCUUCCGUCCCUGAUAUGGCAGUCGCCGGUCAAGGAGCUCGAGUUGAUCCUUUCCCUUACCAACCUAACCCCCUUCCUUCCAAUGAAACAGGUGGAUGGGGCGCACCGGAAACUACCAACAUGGUGUACGAUCCUUAUUCACAUGCCCCAAUGCAAAUGCCAGAUGCGAGGGAUUACAUGACAGGUUACGGUAAUGGGUUGGACGGUGGAUAUGGGGUCGCGGCGGGUGUUGCAGCAGGCGCAGGAGCUGGUUAUGGAGCCGCAGUCGCAGGUGAACAUAGGAGAACCUCAAGUGGUCAUUCGAUCCAUUCCCCAGUAUCUCAAUCUUCUGGACCCAGUUCGGCGGCUUUGGCGAAACAACGUGAAGCGCAAGCUGAGAGACAAAGAUUGCAUAUGACCACUUAUGAUACUCCUGGAGGUAGUGGGACCGCGGAGACGGGUCCGGAUGGGGUGAACAGGAGAGCUAGUCAAGCGUUGAGUGAGGGGAGGAGUACAGUUUAUCAACAUACGGAUAUGGCAAGUAUGCCGGAUGAUGAUGAAGGUGGUCAAUCGGAGAUUCCUCCGGAAUACCAUUCCAUCCCUCGCACGUAAUUAGUGGGGUUUGGUAAAGGGGAAUAUAGAUGAGAUAUGGGAUAUGUCAUAUGAGAUAUGAGGUAUGGGAUAUGGGACAUUGUCUGAGUAAUGAUUAGUGAGCCGAUGGAAUAUAGUGAUCUACUUUACAAUCUACGAGGUUAUCGAGCUUCCGAUAAUUCUUCGAUGGAUGAGCUCUAC